AUGUCUACAGUAGAAACAAAAUAUCGUCAACUUAAAGUUCCAGAACUUAAAGACUUACUAUUGAAAAAAGGUCUUCCGGUUUCUGGUAAAAAGGAAGAAUUGGUUGCUAGACUUUUGGCAGCUGAAGAUAAGAAAAUUGUAGAACCAAUAAACCAAACUCCUAAAAGUAAUACGAUGGCAACCAGCAGCUCUACUCGUAAAAGUAGUAUUGACAAUAUCAUUAAUAAAGUUUCGAUGGAAACGACUUCCGAAGUAAAGAACGAUGAUACUGAUUUGUUUGAUAAAGAUCUUAAUUUAAUAUCAGCGGAUAUUGCGUCUGGAAUUGAUAAUGACUUUUGGGAUAAUAUAACUACGGACAUUAACAUACCUAAAGAUAGCGAAUUCGAUUCUCUCAUUUCUCCAUUUUCACCUUCUUCAGUAACUUCAAUCAAAGAUUUAUCUCCCGAAAAAUCAAAAACAGAGAUGCCUGAGUCAAUUAAAGGGUCUAAUAAUGUUACUAACGUUGAAGCAAAAAAUUCGGCUGAAACAAUGAAGAGUGAUGCUAAAGCUUCUAAAGCAGAAUCAUCUUCAUCGAUUUCUGAUAAUAUUGUAAAACCAUCAGGCUUUACAUGUAAAAAGAUCGUUUUUGAUAAUUCUCCAACGAUUACAUCUCCCCAACUUCCAAGUAAAGAUGCUGAUUUGGCUACAGAGUUGGAAAGACGAAAGAAACGUGCUGAACGGUUUGGGGUUGAAUUGUCUGAUUCUGAUAAAAAACUACAGAGAGCUGCUCGAUUUGGUACGACCGUUACUAAUCCUUUGGAUGCUCCUCUUACAGCACCGAGAUUGCCAAACAGAAAGCUAUCAAUUGUUGAGAAUGAAGAGAAAUUAAAAAAGCGUGCGGAAAGAUUUGGACUUGAUAAAUCUGAAUCAUCGACAAAUACUACAAAUACUUUAAGUGAGGAAGAAAAGAAAAGAAAGAGAGCAGAGAGAUUUGGUUUAAAUGCUUCACCAAAUUCUGUAUCUAAUUCAAUUAAUGAAGAAGAUAAAAAGAAAAGAAGAGCAGAACGUUUAUCUAUUAAUCAGUGA